AUGGCACCCGACACAGGUACAACUACUGGCGUCAAGAGAGGCCGUGCUGGCUUUGAAUCGACGAUGAACGGGACUGCUUCGAUACAGAAGCGCAACAAGGUCUACCAUGAGCAUGCAGAGACAGACGGUCUAACGACUCCUCCUCUGUCAACGAACAGCAGCGAGAUACCCUUUUCGUACAUGCUCUUUUCUACAAAAGCAGCCGCCAAAAUAUGGGGUGUUGCCCAGCAGAGCUUUUCCUCACCCGCACCGCCAACUUUGUUUCCGGAGUACACCAAGCCAGGUGGUACGAAGUACGUCUAUAGGGAGCUGGACUUCUGGACGUCGGGAUUCUUCCCAGGAUGUCUGUACCUCCUUCUAGAGCGACGACGGAAGCAUACCCACCUGCUGAGGCAUCUGGGACAACGCGGCGGACAAGAACCCCACCAGAUGCAUCUGGAGUUUGCCUGUACAUGGUGGACGGAAAACCUCCAUCCCAACGCACAUCUCACGACGACCCAUGACCUCGGUUUCAUGAUUUUCCCAUGGGCUCGCCCGGCGUGGGAGCUGAACCAUGACCGGCGGGCGUUCGAGUCCGCCAUCACGGCCGCGAAGUCUCUCUAUAGUCGAUUCGACGACACUGUCGGAUCGAUUCGGUCCUGGGACGUCUGCGUUACCAAGCGGUACAAGUUUCUGGAUCCAAGUAAAGACUUUCUUGUCAUCAUCGAUAACAUGAUGAACCUCGACAUGGUCUUCUGGGCUGCUGCCCAGCUCGGAGACCAGGACAUGUACAAUGCCGCUGUCAAGCAUGCCGAAACGACCCGGACCCAUCACAUCCGCGAAGACUUCUCAACAUUUCACGUGGUGAAUUUCGAACAGAAGACCGGCGUGCCGAAGGAGAAGAUCACCAACCAAGGCUACUCCGACACUUCCUCCUGGUCGAGAGGCCAGGCUUGGGCCAUUGCUGGCUUUGCGCAGACAUAUAGUUGGACUCGUGACGUCUCCUUCCUCGAGACCGCCAUUUCUUGCGCCGAGUACUUCAUCGCCCAGCUUCCAUCCACUUGGAUCCCUCCGUGGGAUUUCACGGCUCCGAAGGACGAACCGCAGCCUCCGGAUAUCAGUGCCGCGAUGAUCACUGCCUACGGCAUGCUGUUGAUCCACGAGGCCUUGUCUUCUCUCGGAAGAGAGUCGGCGUACCUGAAGCAUGCGAUCAAGCUCAUUCGAGCCACAUGCAGUGCCCAUAUGAAUGGUGGCGGUCGGUAUCUGAAGUCGAAGAGGACGAUCGACACCGUUGAGCAUGGGACCAUGGAGGAAGAUAUCGGCUGGGACGUGGACGGGGAAGGUGAGCCUGAAACGAUCUUGAACGGCGCGACCAUCAACAACUAUGAAUUCGCACCGAGAAGAUGGGCAAACCACGGGCUGGUGUACGCCGACUACUUCUUCUUGCUGGCAGGGAACAAGCUUCUGGAGAUGGGGGUUCCAGAAUUGUUCGAGGAGCGUGCUUGA